AUGCGACCGACAUUUUCAUCAUCACCAUGGGUCCUUUUGACUACAUUAUUUACAUUCUUCUCUUUCGCAUCAGGAUCAACUCGAUUAAUUGAAUCCAAGUCCCUGAACGCGUGUCAGGACAAUUCGAGUUUCACGGCGACUUUAUUCGAUGUUGUAUUCACACCAGGAAAUUUAACUUUCACAUUCGAUGUAGUUGGUGUCUCUUCUAUUCAAGGAAAUGUUACUUUCGAUGUCGAAGUUACCGCUUAUGGAUAUCCCAUCUUGAACAAGGUCAUCGAUCCAUGUACUUCUGGAUUCUCUGGACUGUGCCCCAUGAGUACUGGUCAAAUCGAUAUUCAAUCUAAUAUCGUAGUGCCUCAAUCUACCGUUGAUAGCAUUCCUUCAAUCGCAUACGGAGUACCGGAUUUGGAUGCUAAUGUCAAGGUUAUCAUCAAUGGAACAGCGAACCCCGAUGUUAGUUUGGCAUGUGUCGAAGCUCAAUUGUCAAACGGACAAACUGUCGAUCAAAAGGGUGUAGGGUGGACAACCGCCGUUAUUGCUGGAUUGGCUUUGGUCGCAUCCGCUGUAACAUCUGGAUUAGGACACUCGAAUACUGCUGCUCAUGUAGCAUCCAAUGCCUUGUCACUCUUUGGGUACUUUCAAGCUCAGGCCAUGAUUGGACUCACUGCUGUCCCUCUCCCACCUAUCGUUCAAUCAUGGACCCAAAAUUUCGAUUGGAGUAUGGGUAUAAUUGAGGUUGAUUUUAUGCAGAGCAUUGCAACUUGGUAUCAAAAAUCCACCGGCGGAACCCCAGCUACACUCUUGAAUACUUUGACCACUACAUCUGUCCAAGUCGAGAAGCGUUCCAUUGGAAAGAGAUCCGUUGAACAUACCAUUCACCUUCUAACCCGAGCACAUGAAGUCUUGACGAAGAGAGCCGAUACCACUACAACAACUGGAUCUUAUCUCGUCAAAGGCAUCAAGAGAGUAGCAUUCCGUGCCGAAAUCGAAUCGACCAACUUGUUCUUGACUGGUCUCGCUUUCUUUUGUAUCUUUAUUGUUUUUACCAUCUUAUUUGUUGCAAUGUUCAAGGGAUUCUGUGAACUUGCAGUCAAAAUGAAGUGGAUGAAGUCUGAUAAGUUCUUGGAUUUCCGUAAUGGAUGGUUCACCGUCCUCAAGGGCAUCAUGUUCCGUAUGGUUCUCAUUGGUUACCCUCAGAUGACCAUUUUAUGUCUAUGGGAAUUUACACAAAACGACUCACCUGCAGAGAUUGUUCUGGCCAUCUUCUUCUUCUUUGGUAUGACAGGAACUCUCGCUUGGGCAGCUAUGAAAGUUGUUCGCAUCGCCAAAAGGUCGGUUAUGAUGCACAAGAAUCCAGCAUAUAUUCUUUACUCGGAUCCUUCGGCUCUCAAUAAAUGGGGUUUCCUAUAUGUACAAUUUCGUGCAACAGCUUACUACUUCAUCCUUCCAACUUUGCUUUAUAUUGUCAUCAAGGGCAUGUUCAUCGCAUUUGGACAAAACGCAUCUACAGUUCAAGCUAUUGCUCUUCUUUUAAUUGAAGCUGCUGCUCUUAUCGGAGCCAGUGUUAUUCGACCAUGGAUGGACAAGAGUACUAACAGUUUUAAUAUCGCCAUUUGUGCUAUCAACUUUUUAAACACCAUUUUUCUUUUGGUUUUCACGGGUAUUUUCAGUCAACCGGGUAUCGUCACUGGUGUUAUGGGUGUUGUCUUCUUCAUUAUCAAUGCGGUAUUCUCUUUGGUCCUUCUCGUCCUUGUUUUAGUUGCUACAGUCUAUGCUUUUGUUCGCAAGAACCCAGAUAGUCGUUACUUGCCAAUGACCGAUGAUCGUGCAUCAUUCAUUAAGUCAAACACAGGCUUGACUACUGAAUUAGAUGCUUUGGGAGCUACUGCUAGAGGAGACAAGGCCGGAUAUAAACACAACCUCGAUUUGGAUGAUGAUAAUGAUUCAUGGUCAUCGGAUUCUUUGAGAAACCCAGCAAAUAUGCCUCUUCCACCUUCUACGGCCGGCACAGGAGCAUACGGAGAUUCAAACCCGUCAGUCAGAGAAGCACCUCAUUCACCUAUUGAUCCUUCGGUUCCUCUUUUCCCAGCAGCUGGCUCUCGUGGUCCACCACCAAAUUAUCAAGAUGGAGGACGCAAUAGCAAUGCUCCUUUGAUGUAUGGAUCAGAUAGAUCAAACAACGCAUCACCAGCUCCAUACCGAGACAACCAAUCGGCAUCAAACGUGUCGCAACCAGGAUAUGGAUCACAAAAUAAUGGUAGUCCUGUACCUGGCGGAUUCAAACAACCGAAUCAGAACCAGAGCAAUGCUAGUCCCUGGCAGCGUGGAGCAGGUUAUGAUCAUUAA